AUGUCGGGCUACUGUGGGAAGAACUGUGAAGGGAAAACGACGGUGACUUGCCGUUGCGUUGUCCUGUCAGUACCGCAAUCACUUCUUCAAGAGGAGAACUCCCGCAAAAAAGUGUGCAACACAGACGUGUGCCAACAUGAAGCAGACCUAAUCUUAUCGGCCAUUAACAACACCGUGGACCCAUGCCAAGAUUUUUACGGGUUUGUCUGCGGCAAAUGGUUGUUGUCCAACCCCAUUCCCGACGACCAACAAAGCAUCAGUUCUGUCCAUAAAAGUGCGGAACGUGUGAACAACGACAUUGGAAGUAUACUCAACACAACAAUUUUCAAGUACGAGAACCAGAACGCCACGGACAAAGCUCUUAUCUUUUACAAGUCUUGUCUGCGAGAAGUUGGACGGACUUCAGACUCUCGGAGAAAACAUUGCUGA